AUGCAAGUGAUUCCACCACCACUAAAAAAGAUCUUAGACAAAUGUAACAUAAGAGGACUUGUAAUACUGUCCCUGUUAUUACAAACGACUCUUAUAUUCCUUGCACCUCUGCGAAAACGCACAUCAAAGAAGUUGCUCGCUGCUGUUAUAUGGACAUCGUAUCUUUUAGCAGACUGGACUGCUAAUUACGCGGUGGCUCAGAUCACUAAGAACCAAGGGAAAGAACCAAAACCUGGUGAUCCUCCAUUGAACAAGAAGGUACUUGCUUUGUGGGCACCGUUCUUGUUGCUGCAUCUUGGUGGUCCGGACACGAUAACCGCGUUGGCCCUCGAGGAUAAUGCACUGUGGAAACGUCAUUUGUUUGGCCUUGUAUCUCAAGUGCUUGCUGGUAUUUACGCGGUGGUGCAAUCAAUGGAAAACGUCUUAUGGCCAUCAAUAACAUUACUAUUUAUCACCGGAGUGAUAAAAUACGCCGAGAAGACACGUGCCUUAGUGACCAUAGAAAACUUCAAAGACAUACUGACUCUACCACCACCAAACCCUGGUCAUAACUACGAGAAGUUCGCAGAAGUGUAUGCUUCAAGAAAAGAAUCAAAUAUUCCAACAGAAUUUAUUCUAGUCGACCAACCGGACAAGCAUGAGAGGCCUAGCAAUCUCGUUAGACCACUGGGCCGAGAGUAUUUAACCAAUCUUGAAAUCGUUCAGUAUGGUUAUAAAUUCUUCAAAACUAUUUUCGGACUUGUUCUUGGUAUCGAUUUCGGUUUACGUGACCAAGAAGAAGUCAAAGGUUUCUUCAGAGAUCAGUUGAAACCGGAAGAAGCUCUUCAGAUUAUCGACUCCGAGCUCGAUUUUCUAUACGAAUCAAUGUAUACCAAAACCGCAAUUCUCCACACAAGAACCGGUAUUCUGUUUCGGGUUAUUGCGUUUGGAUCACUUAUAUCUUCUUUCUUUUUCUUCCAUCGUAGACCGCUUAAAUCAGUAGAUUUCCAUGGAGCAGACGUUGUGAUUACUUACACUUUGUUCAUCGUUGGUUUUGCGCUUGAUCUUGUGUCUAUGGUCAUGUUCUUGCUCUCGGACUGGACAUUCGUGAAACUGAGCAAGUUUAAGGAUGAUCCUGAGGAAAAGAGACAAAUCGCUUCUUUACUCAAUUGGUUACUCGCCUUUAGGAAACCGCGUUGGAAGAUCCUUAAACGCAGAGGAAGUCGUAUCCACAAAGUGCUCGCAGCACCUUUUCUGUCACGAAGAUGGCCAUGCACGAUUUACGGAUUCAGUUUCAUGAGAUAUUGUUUGAAAGCAAAAGUUCCAAAAAAUCAUCAAAAUAGAAGCCCUAGCGUGUUGAGCACGUUAGGUUGUGAAUCAGUGGUUUGGAUGUUCGACUGCGUAAUCAGGAAAAAACAAAUGUUUUCUGGAUGGAUCAAGAAUGUCAACAAGCAACUCUCUAAGAAGAAUCUAAUGAUCCGGUACACGGUUUACCCGUUAUGCCUGGUGGUCUUCUCAGGUAUUCCUAUGAUUUUUGGACUUCUUUGUGGUUGCAUUGAUCGGAUAUUUAGUGUUAAAGCUAAUCUUGAUGAGAUUAGAUUUGUAACGAAGGAGCAUUUGACGAAGAAUCUGUGGGUGCUUAUAUUCAAUGAGCUGAGACAGAAGUGCGAGUUUGAACUAACACCUGAAGCUGAUAAUGAAGUGUCUUCGGCGAGAGGAGAAUGGGCGUUACGGAAUCUGGCAGAGACUGAGAUAUUGAUGCGUUACCUAGAGAAUAUGAGUUAUGAUCAAAGUCUUCUUCUUUGGCAUAUUGCUACAGAGCUCUGUUUUCAAGAAGAAGAAGAAGAAGGAGAGGAGAUGGAUCCGAGUGGAAAGUGUUGCGAUGACCGAGAGUUCAGAAAGAUUCUGUCGGAUUACAUGAUGUAUUUGUUGAUCAUGCGGCCCAAGUUCAUGUCGAAAGUCGCGGGAAUCGGGACGAUAAGAUUCAGAGACACUUUAGCGGAAGCUGACAGGUUUUUCAGAGAAAGGCAUAUCAGGAAAGGGACAGAGGUAACUAUGAAAGAAGCGAGCAAGACGGUUUUAUCAGUUAAUUGCGAUAUUGAGCUGAUACAUGUGAAGGGAAGUCUAAGAAGCAAAUCGGUUUUAUUCAAUGCGAGCAAGUUGGCAAAAGAGCUUCAGAGACUGGACGAGAGUAGAAACAAUGGAGAUGGGAAAUGGAGAACAUUGAGUAAAGUGUGGGUUGAGUUGCUAUCUCGCGCAGCAAGACAUUGUGAUGCUACUGAACAUGUGGUACAACUUAGUAGAGGUGGAGAGCUGCUUAACUUUGUUUGGUUGUUAAUGGUUCACUUGGGUUUAGCAGGUCAGUUUCAGACCAAGAAAAGUGUUAAUAGAGUUAAACUUGUUGCAGCAAGAUCGGAUCGUUUGUCCUCUCUCUGCGACUCUAUCUCCGCACCGCGUUGUUGUUGGAGAUUACACAAAGGGCUCUCAAUUGCUGUUAACCAAUCAGGCAAGAGGUUCAUUUGCAUGUACUCUUCCAGUAAGGCUAAUUCUCUAGCAGAAGAAGUUUCGAGAUUGGACAUUGACGAAGAUAUGAGCCCUGGAGGCAGCCAAAAAAUGGAAUGCAAGUGUGGCAUGCCUCUCUGCAUCUGUGUAGCUCCUUCUCAAUCAACCAAUACAAAAAACCCACCGGCUCCUGUGGUUCUCCCUCAGACGGAUCCUAAACCAAAGUCAGAGACUUCAGCAAAAAGUAAAGGUUCUACUUCCAGCAGAAAUGCUAGAUCGGCUCUGAAUCCAGGACUAGACAUCCCUCAAAGAGACUAUGAAGUCAAUGGGGAGGGAUUAAGAGAAGCAAUUAAGAACGGUGACACUGCUGGUGUGAAAAAGCUUCUCAAAGAGGGCGUGGAUGCAAAUUACCUUGACAAGCAGGGAAUGUCAGUGCUUCAUUUGACUGCCCUAUUCAACAAAACUGAUAUUGCGUUGCUGUUAAUGGAACAUGGAGCAAGCCUUGAGCACAAAAAUGCACAAGGAGAAACACCACUCGAUUGUGCUCCUGCAACACUUCAAUACAAGAUGCGGGAAAAGAUGGAGAAGAUGAAGUCAGCUUAA